UCGUUGCCGUACUAAGUCACGUGACGUUUCAACAUGGCGUCUCACGACGUCCACGUCCGAAUAUGCGAGCAAGAAAUAUUAAAAUAUGACCUGGAAGUCAAGGCUCUCAUUCAGGAUAUUAACGAGUGCAGAGGUCCUCAAAGCAAGUUGACAGAACUCAACGCCGACGUGAAGAAGAGUUUUCACAAUCUACGAUUGCGCAUACAAGAUUUAGAGCAGAUGGCGAUGGAGCAGGACAAAGAGUCCGACAAGCUGGCCUUGAUCAGUCAGGUAGAAGGACACAGGAAACAGAUGCUGAGCAAUCAGACUACCUGGAGGAAGUCCAACCUGGCCAGCAAAUUGUCAAUAGACAAUAUGGAGAAGCAGGCGCUGCUUAAUGGAGCUGAUAGUGGAGUAAGACAGAGGAAGACCACCAAAGAAGGUCUGGCCCAGACAUCCACAGACAUUACAAAAAAUCUGAUGAGCAUCAGUCGAAUGAUGGCCCAACAGGUUAAUCAGAGCGAGGAGACGAUCACGACACUAGCAACUUCAUCCAGGACCAUCCAAGAGACCAACGAUGAAUUUAAAACCAUGACUGGGACCAUUCAACUGGGGAGGAAACUCAUUACCAAGUACAACCGCAGGGAGCUGACUGAUAAACUGCUCAUCUUCCUCGCGCUGGCCCUCUUCCUCGCCACAGUGCUCUACAUACUCAAGAAAAGACUCUUUCCUUUCUUUUGAGCUGUACGCGCCAUGAAGGCAUUCAAUACUUCUCCCCAAGUGAGCACAAAACAAUUUCCAACAUGCUGCGUGCUGCGUUACCUCGCCGCAGC